UUAGAAAAAAAAAGUAUGGCCUGUUGUUCUAAGAUUGGGUAGACGAAUGGACUCAGAAGUCACUAUCUCGAAUUUUAUUGAACAAGAUAUGCUAUGGAACGAAAUAAAUCUAAGCAGUAACUGAGGACAAUGUUGCAACUGGCCAUCCAUAACAGACAU